CAACUGAAUCUCAAAUUUCUGACUCAAAAACAAAGAUUUUAUCAGAAACCAAGAUUAGUAUGCUAGUUAAACCUCAAGCAUCUGAUGCCUCUUCAAACUUGAAAACUGAGGCGAGUAUGUCAUUCAUGUCGCCACCCGAGACAAAGACCCUACCUAGAAAACAGAUUAAUCCAACUCAUGAUC